AUGCAGCUGCUCGCCGUCCUCGACAAUGGCUCGACCGAACCUCUCAACGCGGUGCCUUUUGAGGCAUUGGUUAGCCCCGCGAUGAUCAUGGAGUACAUGGACCAAGGAGAUUUGCACGAGUACAUCCAAAGGAAGAAGUACGAUGAGCCAGUGGCCAUGACCGUGUCGACAACUGACGUCGCCUUGGUGCUGGCGCGCGCUCUGGCCGACCUCCAUGGACAAGGCAUCAUCCACCGCUACGUCAGAAGUCACAGCAUCUUUCUCUCGACGACGCACUACAUUCGGCUCGGAAACAUUGGGUCUUCACGCGCACAUGACGACAUGGCGACGUCCGGUUUUGUCACCAAGUACUGGAUGGCACCCGAAGUGCUUCACGAUCGCUUCGGUGGAGUACGCCCAGCGUACACGGCGGCCGCCGACAUCUACGCGCUUGGCGCCGUCUUGACGAAGCUCGACACACUUCAGGAGCCGUACUAUGACGUGAAAGACCGCUGGUCGAUCGAGGAAAACGUUCGCACGGGGCAACUGCGGCCGCAUAUGAGCGACACGUGUCCACCAUGGCUCAACGACCUUGUCAACCAAUGUCUCGCAUUCGACCCCGCGGAACGCCCGACCGCUGAUGGCCAUGGCGAGGCCUUGAACGCCACGUUACCCGUAGAAUCGCCAAGCACGCUUAUGGACCUCAUGGCGUCGGCCCAGCGCCUCCGCGCCAUGGGUCUCGAGGUAGGCAUGUCAUACUCUACGUCGUCGACGACUCAUGAGUGGCUCUAG